AUGCAAAAAUGUAUUAAUUUUUCUAUUUACAUUGUUUUUUUGUUAGUUUUAAAUAUUUAUUGUGUAAAAGUAAAAAGUAACUGUUAUAGUUACGCAAUUAAUAAAAUUUCUAAUUAUAAACAUAAACACAAAAGGAAAAUAAUCAGAAAAUAUGCAAAAAAAAAAAAAGUGAAAGAUGAAUAUGAGGAAUAUUUUAAAGAAUUAGAUAAAUUAUUCAAUGAAUGUGAUUAUGAUGACAAACAAGUAGAGGAAGAAGAAAAAAAAAAAGAACAAGAAUUAAAUUCUAUUACUGAAAAAGAUUUACUUGAUAUAAAUUUUUGUAAUUAUGAAAAUGAUCCUAGAAGUUUAUCUAAUUUAGUUAAGGAUAAAAGCAAAGAAGAAAUAGAAAAGGAAAAAUUAAUAGAAGAAGAAAAAAGAAAUAGAAAUGAAAAAAUAACAAUGCAGUACAGUUAUGACUAUGAUAGGGUUUUGAAAAAAAAAUUUCUUGAAGAAAAAAUAGAAUAUAAAAAGAAAUUUACUUUAAAAGAAAAAAAAGAAAAUAUAGUUGAAAGUGUUGAUAUUAAUUUAAUGAACGAUUUUUUAAAUAAUUAUAAAAAUGAUUUUCCCAGAUCAUUUUACAAAGGAAAAAGGGAUAAAUAUUUUGGUAGAGAAGAUAUAGUAAAUGAUGAAGAUAAUGAAAAUAUAGGAGGUGAAAAAAAUAAGGAAAUGCCUGUAAAUGAAGAAAAUAAAGAAGAAAAUAUAAAUGAUAAAAUGCUAAGAGAAAAUUUAGAAAGUAUAGAUUUUUUAAAAAAAAUAAAAAAUGAUUUUUAUAUUGAAAGAGAUAAUUACAUAAAUGAAUCGAUAGAAGAAAUUAAGAAACAAUAUAAUGAUAAGAUCAUUAAUAGAGAUAGCAAAAAUAAAGAUUUUGCUAAUAGUUAUCUUAAUACGAAUUUUAAUGAACAAAAGAAAUUAGAUAAGUAUAAAGAAUUUGAUGAAUUUGUGAGUGAAAAAAUAAAAAAUAGUGCAACAGAUGAUAAUAUAAACAAGUUAAUAAUAAAAAAAUAUAUAUACAUGUUCCAAUUAGAUGAAGAAAUAAAACAAAUAAAUGAGAAAAUAAAAAAAAGUGAAAAUGUUGGUACUAUUUUAGAUAUAUUCAAAGAUAACAAAAGGUUAAACAUAAUAAAUAUUAUGUAUGCUUUUAUAUAUAUAUAUAGAUUUAAAACUCUAAAUAUAAAUGAAUAUUUAUAUGAUAAAAGAUUUGCAUAUUUAACUUAUGCAUUAGAAGAACUACUAAAAUAUUAUUUAUAUGUACUUAAUGAAAAAAAAUAUAUAAAUACUAGGACAUUAAUUUUGAAUGAUAAAAACAUAAUUUUUCUAAUUAAAUAUAUGAAUCGUUUAAAACUAUUUUACAUUAAUUUAAAUAUAUAUAACUUGCUAAUUUUAAUUUUGUCAAAAUCAUUUCACAUGUUUGAUAUUAAUUCAUUUAUUAUUUUAUUGGCUUACUUAAAUGAAUACACUUAUUUUAGUAAUAAUGUACAUAAAAAAAUAAAUAUAUCAAUAAUACAUCAAAUUUUUAAUUAUUUUAAAACAAAAGGAGUUCAAUCAUCAAAUAUUAAUUUUAAUCAUUUUAAAUUAUUACUUCCUUUAUUAAUAAAAUAUAAAUAUAUGGAUAAUCACACAUUUAAAUUAUUAUUCCAUUACUUUGAGAAAGAUAUAAAUCAAAUUUUGGAAUUCUUAAAAGAUGAAAGCAAUUUAGAAGAAAAAGAAAUUUCUGAUUUAUUAUUUUAUGAUGUAAAAACAAAAGAACAAACAAAAAAUAAGGAAAAUUAUAUUUCCUAUUUAAAAUAUAAGAACAUGGUUGAAAGAAAAAAAAAUAUGAAUUUUUUAGCGCAAUUACUACAUUAUUUGAUGAUAUCUAAAUUUAAUGAAAGAGAUGAAAUAGUAUUUAAUUUAAUAAAAAUAUUUAUAGAUCAUUUUAAUUUAUUUGAUAUAGAAGAUUUAUUGAAUAUUUUAUUUAACUAUGAAUUAUUUAAAAAUGCUAAUAAGGAUAUAAUGAUUCGAUGUAAACAAGAAUUAUUAUGUAAAAAAAGUUUAUUAAAAGAUUAUGAAAUAAAUAAAAUUUUAUCUUUUUUCAUAUAUAAUUACAGAAAAGGUAUAAUUUUUGAAAAUUAUUAUUCCAAUUUUUUUAGAAAUAAAAAAUAUACAAUACUAAGAACUAAUAAUAAUGAAAAAAGUAGUUUAAUUUUAGAUAAAAAUAUAAAUAACAGUUAUUAUAAAGAAUUUGAAGUAGAAAAAUAUAAGUAUAUGAUAAACCAGAGUGAUAAUAAAAACAGUAUUAGUAAUACUAAUGAAACUAUUAACAAUUGCAAUGAUAAUGCAUCUAGUGAUAAAAAGGAAAAUAAUAAAUAUGGCAUCAAUGAUGAAAAAUAUAUUAAUAUAAAUAAUAUAGGUAAUUAUGACAGUAGUAAUCAAAAUAUCAAUAGUAAUGAUGCUCAUACAAAAAAAAAACAGGAUAUAAAGAAUUAUUUGAGUGAAAAAGAAAAUAAUGAUAUAAUAAAAGAAGUAUUAAAAAAAAAAAAAGAUAUAAAAUUAUUUAAACAGAAUUCUAUUUUGAAUAAAACAACUUUUAAGGAUUCUUUGUUCCUCUAUGAUUUAACUCAUGAUAUUCACAUAUAUGUUAAUUUUAGGAAUGUCCAUUUACUAAAAUUUAUUUAUAAUUUAUAUUUAUUAAGCAUAUUAUUUUAUAAAAAUCCUGAUGCUAUUCGUAUUGUUUCCGAAAUAGCAAAUGAUCUAGUAGACACGAAUAUCUUUUCCUUUAUUGAUCAGUAUUCUUAUUAUCUGUAUGAAGACAUUUAUAUUGUAAUAAAAGCAUUUAAGUAUAUUUCAUUUUUUUCAUUAGAUUUAAUAAGUAUAUGGAAAAAAUUCUUUUUUCUUUUACAUAAUUUUGUUAACGCAUUAAAUAUAGAAAGUAUUUAUGAUAUAUUUUUUUUUAUUAAGAUUGCUAAUAUUAUUAAUUUGAAAAAUGAAAAUUAUGAUGUUAUGAAAUUAUUAACUAGCAGAAUGAAACAAAUAUUAGAAAUUCUCUAUAAGUAUAAUAUUAAAAAAUUUAAUACAUAUCCCCAUACAUAUAUUUUAAAUAUUAUUAGUCUUAUAAAAGAAGAUGAAAACGAGCAUAUUAAAGAGUUUAUUAAUUUUUUCUUUUAUUCUAUUUAUAAGAAGAUAGAAGAUUUAUCAUUACAGUUCAAUUCUUCAGGAUAUAAAGAAAAUUUAAUAAGCAAAAUAUAUGAAGAUAAAAACGAAGAACAUAAAAAUAGAAAAAAUGAAAAUAACAUUGCACAUGAAAGUCAAAAUGGAAAUUCUGAAAAAUUGAAAAAUCUAAGUUACUUAUCAUCAUCUGAAAAUAAUUUUUUUAAGUGGAAUGAAGUAUAUAAAAAUGUUAAUAAUUAUAUCUAUAACUUUAAAGAUAUUAGAAUUUUUCUAACUAUUUUUUUAAAAAAUUACAAAGAAAAUCAAGAAAUAUUUAAUUUACGAAUUAUUGAUUUUAUAUUAUGGAAUUCUGAAAUGUUUUUUUUAAAAAUGAAUAGAAAUAAAUAUUAUUAUCAUAGUAUUUAUUUAUUCGGUGAAGAAAUGAAUGAAUUUUUAGGUCUUCUUAAAACUGUUGUUAAAAGUAAUUUAUAUAACCACUACAUUAUGCAUAGGUGUGUUAAUAUAAUUAAAUAUAUAAUAAAUAUUCAAAGUGUCCAUAAUGAUACUUACCACUUGAAAAAUAAUAUUUAUAAAAAUUUCUUUUUAAAUUUUAAUAAUAUGAGUAAUAUAAAUGUUUGGAAAUAUAUUAGAAAGAAAUUCUAUGUUAGUGCAUAUUAA